AUUCUCACGGGCAGCAGUUCUGCCAGUUCAACUUGAUCCGCGCUUCUCGUGUCCCCUGCCCCUUCUGUCCUCGCCACCGCCCAGCUUCUCCUCAGUCCUCACCCUCGUGUGCCUUCGGAUCCGCGGUUCUCGGAGUCGGAGAUAGUUGCAGGUGGUGUCUGGUCGCUUGCGGUAGCCGGUAGGCGGGUUCGCUGCGGGUGGUCGGCGGCGCGAUGGUUUCCUUCGAGAUGAACGACCUCAAGAAGAUUGGGCUGGGCUUGACUGGAUUUGGAGUUCUAUUCACAUUGCUCGGGAUCAUUAUGUUGUUUGACAAGGGAUUCCUGGCGAUGGGGAAUAUUCUCUUCGUUUCUGGCGUCUUACUGACCAUUGGGUUGAAGCCAACUGUGCAGUUCUUCACCAAGCCUAAGAAUCACAAGGGUUCAAUAUUUUUCGGGUUUGGCUUUUUCCUGGUUCUCAUUGGAUGGCCUGUCUCAGGAAUGCUGGUGGAGUCGUAUGGCUUCAUCACGCUCUUCAGCGGCUUCUGGCCAACAGCUGCUGUUUACCUGCAAAAGAGCCCCUCCUUCGGUUGGAUAUUCCACCACCCUCUUGUGACUUCGCUGAUCACUCGGUUCAGAGGAAGACGGGUCCCGGUGUGAGUGGAUAGGAUCACCCCGAGGGCAUGCGAAAUCGCCUCUACUGUACAGAAGUAGGCCAAUUGACAUAUGCACUUUAUUCGUUUAUGUUCGUCGAUUCUACCUGGUUUAAAGAGAGACUAAAAGGUGGCCGCUGUUGCUGGUAUUGGAUCUUCCUACGCUGCUACCAGUAGUCUGUCCAUAGCGUAACUACAUUGAUUGCAAGAGAGCAUCUGUCGGUUGUUAAUAAAUAGGCAGAUGUAUCGAUGGUGAUAACAUGGUGCUUUCUCUGAAUGACGAUGGCUGAGGGAGCUGUGAACUGGUUUGGAAACCAGCCAGCUUGUGAGAGACAGUUGUGUUACACUGCUACU